AUGUCAGACGUACCUACGUUCUCUUCCGAGAGUAAGAUAAAAUUGAGUAUUGAGGGUCCGACAGAUCCCAUCUCCGUCCAACUAAUGCGUUUCAUCGUCCUCGCCGUCGUAACUGCUUUGACAGCACCUAUGUCUGUCAGUGCCAUAUCAGCAGGGACUUGCAAUGCCUUGACGUGGGACAAACCAUGUGACCUACCCGUUUUGCGCCGACCCGGCAACCUUGAAUGGAGAAGACCCCUCACGGUAGCGAGGAGCUCGCACGUCGCGAGAUCGGUUGCUGGGCUAUUGCCCUUGGAAAAUUUCACGCGCCACAGCGGGCAGAUUUCUCAUUUGAUCACGGAACGACGUUUGCAAUGCACGCAUUAUAAAGCUGCUCAACCAAUGCUCAACAGUCAUUUUGGGGGAAUCGCGAUCUCUCGGAGAUGGCAGACAUACCUACGUUCUCUUUCUAGCGAGAUGGAGACAAAAUUAGAUAUUGAGGCAACAAAGUUUCAACCUUUUGCUGCCGAAGUCCGGUUCGGUCCAGUUCUUAGGCCUCUAAAUGCGAACCCCGAACCGGACCCAUGGUCCGGUUCAGGCAAGGAGGGCGAACGCUGGACCGGACCCUUGUGA